CCAUGGCGACUGGGGAAUCUAACACGUCUGAUCUGCAGACUCUCCUGCAUUAUAAUCGUCCAAAUCGUCCGAGAUCGACCCCGCCCACUAACCCAUCAAAGGAGGAGUCCACUCUAACACAUCAAUACAGAGCAGCGUCGGUCAUACCCUUUGGUAGCAAGACUGAUGACGAAACCACGCCCCUCAUGGGUGUCAUCAGAGGAAACAGUGAUACAUUUGUCCAGCACGAGGAAGAAGAGGAUACAGCCAUUGACAAGGAGAGUAUAAAGGAGUACUUCAGCUUGAGGAACAAAUGGACCAUACUUAACCACGUCAAGAUAUUAAUUCUGGUCGCCAUUGCCUCCACCUGCUGUAUUAUGAUUAUGGCGGCAGAAGAAUCAGAAAAGACAUGGCGUCAGCUGAGUCUUGGAAAUGAGGUUAAAUAUGAAAAAUUUGCUGCCAAUAAUCACCCGGUUAGAUUGUUUCUGAAAGGACCUAUAUCAGAAUCAAAAGAGAACAGGACGAUCCCUCUUAGUGUUGGAACAGGAAACAAGAGUGAAACAUGGAUUUUGAAAAUUGAUACCGCUAUGCUGAGCAACGAAGAUACUGUAGAACUGGAGCAUAAAUUUUCAAGCAAGAGCGAAACAGAAAACAUUUCUUUCGAGCUGACAUCGAACCAAAGCGUCCCACUGCUUUGGAGAGGUGAAGAACUACCGACUGAGGAGAUUGUCUAUGCCGCACUUAUCCUUGUGUUUGUUUAUGCUAUGAUUGUUUUUGAGCUUGUACAUAGAACAUUAGCUGCUAUAUUGGGAUCUCUUGCUGCUAUAGCGGUUUUAUCUUAUUUUCACAAGCGCCCUGAUCUAGCCGCCAUUAUCGCAUGGAUCGACAUGGAAACUCUUAUGCUCCUCUUUGGAAUGAUGGUCAUAGUCUCUAUCUUUUCUGAAACGGGUUUCUUUGACUCGUGUGCACUUCAGGCCUAUAAGUUGGCUAAGGGUCAAGUCUGGCCACUGAUUACCCUGCUUUGUGUGUUCAGUGCCGUAGUGUCGGCUUUCCUUGAUAACGUCACCACAGUUCUUCUACUUACCCCAGUAACGAUCAGAUUGUGUGAAGUUCUGAAUUUGGAUCCGAAAAAUAUUUUAAUAGCAGAAGUUUUGUUUUCAAACAUUGGUGGCACUGCAACAGCCAUUGGUGACCCACCAAAUGUCAUAAUUGUAUCCAACUCGGAUAUGAAAGCUAAAGAUAUAGAUUUUGCCAAUUUUACUCUUCACAUGUUUGUUGGCAUCAUAUUUGUCAGUGUUGUGGGAUAUGGUGCUCUUCGAUUCCUUUAUCGUGAUAUCACCAAACUCCAGAAUCAAGACCCGCCAGAAAUAGCAGAGUUAAAACACGAGAUAGACCUGUGGAAGCGUGCUGCUGCACGGGUGUCUGUCGUGUCGAGAGAAGAAAGCAUAAUGAAGGCAUUGUUCCAACAAAAGGCAGCACAAAGAGAGAAUGCCCUCAUCAGACAAAUCUACAGAAUGAAAAGAUCAGAAAAGAAAAGCUUUCAACAAAAUGUAAAGGAGCUGGAGAGAAAGUACUAUAUCACUGACCGGUGGCUUUUGGUCAAGACUGGAGUUGUUUUGACUGGGGUCAUCCUCUGUUUUUUUCUCCAUUCCUUUAUUGACAGCAUGCACAUAGGUCUUGGAUGGAUUGCCGUCAUGGGGGCAAUAUUUCUAUUGGUGGUGGCAGAUAUUAAAGAAAUGGAAAAUAUUCUUCACAGGGUUGAAUGGGCCACCCUUAUCUUCUUUGCUGCUCUCUUUGUAUUGAUGGAGGCGCUGACAGAGUUACAGCUAAUCGAUUGGAUUGGAGACAAAGUCAGUGACCUAAUCAGUGGACUUGAUAAAGGCACGCAGCAAAACUCAGUUGCUAUUCUUCUCGUAUUGUGGGUAUCAGCUAUUGCAUCCAGCUUUAUAGACAACAUCCCAUACACCACAGCAAUGAUUCCUGUUUUGGUCAAAUUGAGUGAAGAUCAAGAUAUCCCCCUCUUUCCACUUACUUUUUCCUUGGCAUUUGGUGCAUGUUUAGGAGGCAAUGGAACCUUGAUUGGUGCCUCUGCAAAUGUAGUGUGUGCCGGUAUUGCGGAACAACAUGGCUAUGGUUUCAGCUUUAAAGAAUUCUUCAAGGUGGGAUUUCCUUUAAUGUUGGUGACUACAACAGUAGCUAUGAUUUAUCUCCUUAUAUGUCACGUGGCCUUAGAUUGGAACUGACAUCUAACUGCUCUAGGUUGCACUGCGAAGAAAUUUGGACCAACACAUUCCAACUUUCAA